AUGCCGGUGACCCUGGAACUGCGGCUCCUCCUGCUGGCACUGGCGCUGCGGGGGGAGGCAGUGUCCCCCUCGGUGUCCCCUGCCACGUCCCCCACCGAGUCCCCCUCCGAGACGUGCGGGGCAGCGCUGGCCGAUGUGCUGAGGCGGCUGCGGGAGCUCGAGGGACACGUGCAGGCACUGAGGGGACACUGCGGGGACACGGGGGGACCCCAGGCCGGGACAGGCCGGUCGGUGCAGCUCUGCGCGCCCCCUGCCGGCGGCGGCUGCGCCUGCCCCGCCCCCUCGGCCGAGGCCCCGCCCCCGGCGCCGCCCCCCGCGUGCCCGCGCGGCUGCAGCGACCAGGGCCGGUGCGAGCGCGGGCGCUGCCGCUGCUUCCCGGGCUUCAGCGGCCCCGACUGCGCCACCCCCGCCUGCGCGCCGGGCUGGGGCGGGGCCCGCUGCGACAUCGAGGUGCCCUGGGUAACACCACGGUUGGCCUCCCGCACCCCAACAUCCCUGCGCAUCACCUGGCCCCAGCCCCUCGUUCCUCCUGAUGGCUACCGGGUGACACUUGUCCCCCUGGAUGACCCUGUGGCCAUGACAACGCACGAACUGCCCAGCUCUGCUGUCGCCUUCUCGGUGACAGGGCUGUCUCCAGGCCGCCCCUUCGAGCUGCUGGUCCAAGCCCGGCGGGGGCCGCAUCUGGGGGCACCCGGGGUCCUGCGUCUGCGCACAGGGCUCCCUGGGGUCCCCAGCAGUGGCACCAUCAGCCCGAGGGCCUCCAGAGUCCCCAGGAUCCCCAGGGUCACUGGGGUCCCCAGGGUCACUGGUGUCACCCAUAUCACCAGACUUGCCCUUGGGUCACCUGGGUCUUUGGGGUCGCCAGCACCCCCCAAGGUUCCAGCAUCUCCAGUAGCUCGAGGGUCCCUGGGAUCCCCAGCACCCUCAAGGUCAUCAGUGUCACCAGAAUCCCCAGAGUCACCAGCAUCACCAGAAUUCCCAGGGUCAUCAGUGUCACCAGAUUUCUCAGCGUCCCCAGAGUCCCCAGAGUCCCCAUUGUCCCCAGAGUUCCCAGAGCUGCCAGGGUCCCCAGAGUCCCCAGUGUUUCCAGGGUCCCCUCCACCCCCAUGGUCCCCAGUGUCCCCGUGGCCCCCACUGUCCCCAGGCAUCCCCUCCCUGCAGGACCUGGUGGCCCGGCUGUCCACAUACAGUGGAACCCUGCUCCAGCGACUCGAGAGCCACCUUCGGGCCACCAACUUCCCCCUCCGUGGCAACCAGACAGUGCCAGGGGUGGCCCGUGCCAUCCUGGCCUACAUCCUGCGCCGGCACCCAACCCUUGGGAGAGGACAGGGACCCACAGGAGAGGGUGGAAAACAGGAGGCAGUGCUGGAAUGGGGGGACAUGGAUGAGAUGAAGCUGACGGAGCCAUGGACGGACGUGGGGAAAACAGUCAAAGCUGAGCCACAGGAGCUGCGUCCAUUCCGGCCAGUCCUGGGUGACCUCAGUGUCACCAGCAUCACCCCCAGCUCCAUGCAGCUGCAGUGGAGUGUCCCCAAGGACUCCUUUGACUCCUUCGUGCUGCAGUACCGGGAUGCCCAGGGCCAGCCCCAGACCCUGCCUGUCGAUGGCGGGUCCCGCUCGGUGACAGUGCCAGGGCUGUCCCCAUCUCACCGGUACCGCUUCCAUCUCUACGGGUUGAGGGGUGAGAAGAGGAUCGACCGUGUUUCCAUUGAUGUCAUCACAGCUGCAGCAGAGCCAGAGGAGCAGUCCUUGCCCUCAGAGGAGCCCCAACAUGAGAAAUCCCAAACUGAGGUCCCCGCAUCUAAUGCCUCCCCAUCACGGGCAGUACUUGGGGAGCUGAGGGUCACCAGCAUCACCCCCAGCUCUGUGCAGCUGCAAUGGAGUGUCCCUGAGGGCUCCUUCGACUCCUUCAUGCUGCAGUACCGGGAUGUCCAGGGCCAGCCCCAGGCCCUGCCCAUCGAUGGCAGGUCAGACUCGGUGACAGUGCCGGGGCUGUCCCCAUCCCAGCGGUACCGCUUCCACCUCUACGGGUUGCGGGGCAGGAAGAAGAUCGACCAUGUCUCCACUGAGGCUGUGACAGCUGCAGCAGACCCAGAGGAGCUGCCUCUGCCCUCAGAUAAGCCCCAACAUAAAAAACCUCAAACUGACUCCCCUGCAUCUGAGGCCCCCCUUGUGCGGGCAGAGCUGGGGGAGCUGAAGGUCUCCAGUGUCACGCCCAGCUCUGUGCAGCUGCAGUGGAGUGUUCCCGAGGGCUCCUUUGACUCCUUCUUGCUGCAGUAUCGGGAUGUCCAGGGCCAGCCCCAGACCCUGCCCAUCGAUGGCAGGUCCCGCUCGGUGACAGUGCCAGGCUUGUCCCCUUCCCAGCGGUACCGCUUCCACCUCUAUGGGUUGCAGGGCAGGAAGAAGACUGACCGUGUCUCUACUGACAUUAUCACAGGAGCUGUAGAAGAGCGAGAAGAACUGCCCCAGCCCACAGUGGAACCGCAGCAUGGGAAACCACAAACUGAGGCCACCACAUCUGAGACCACUCCAGGAAAGGCAGUGCUGGAAGAGCUGAGGGUCUCAAGCAUCACCCCCAGCUCCGUGGGGCUGGAGUGGACUGUCCCCAUGGGCUCCUUUGACUCCUUCUUGCUGCAGUACCGGGAUGCCCAGGGUCAGCCCCAAGCCCUGCCUGUUGAUGGCGGGUCCCGAUCGGUCACGGUGCCAGGCUUGUCCCCAUCCCAUCGGUACCGCUUCCACCUCUAUGGGCUGCGAGGAGGCAAAAGGAUUGACCGUGUCUCUACCGACACUGUCACAGCCAGCGAAGAACCCUUGCCCUCAGAGGAGCCCCAACAGGAGAAGCCCAAAACUGAGUCCCCGAUACCUGAGGCACUCCCAGCACGAGCGGUGCUGGAGGAGUUGAGAGUCUCCAGUGUCACACCCAACUCUGUGCAGCUGCAGUGGAGCGUCCCUGAGGGCCCCUUUGACUCCUUCAUGCUGCAGUACCGGGAUGUCCAGGGCCAGCCCGAGGCCCUGCCCAUCGAUGGCGGGUCCCGCUCAGUGACGGUGCCGGGGCUGUCCCCAUCCCAGCGCUACCGCUUCCACCUCUACGGGCUGCGGGGCAGGAAGAAGAUCGACCAUGUCUCCACUGAGGUCAUGACAGGAGCUGUAGAAGAGCAGGAAGAACUUCCCCAGCCCAAAGAGGAACCACAGCAUGAGAAACCACAAACUGAGGCCCCCACAUCUGAGACCACGCCAGCAAAGGCAGUGCUGGAAGAGCUGAGGGUCUCAAGCGUCACCCCCAGCUCCGUGGGGCUGGAGUGGACUGUCCCCAAGGGCUCCUUUGACUCCUUCAUGCUGCAGUACCGGGAUGCCCAGGGCCAGCCCCAGGCCCUGCCCAUCGAUGGCAGGUCUCGCUCAGUGACGGUGCCGGGGCUGUCCCCAUCCCAGCGGUACCGCUUCCACCUCUACGGGUUGCGGGGCAGGAAGAAGGUCGACCAUGUCUCCACUGAGGUCAUGACAGCCAGCGAAGAACCCUUGCCCUCAGAGGAGCCCCAACAGGAGAAGCCCAAAAUUGAGUCCCUGAUACCUGAGGCACUCCCAGCACGAGCGGUGCUGGAGGAGUUGAGAGUCUCCAGUGUCACACCCAACUCUGUGCAGCUGCAGUGGAGCGUCCCUGAGGGCCCCUUUGACUCCUUCAUGCUGCAGUACCGGGAUGCCCAGGGCCAGCCCCAGGCCCUGCCCAUCGAUGGUGGGUCCCGCUCAGUGACGGUGCCGGGGCUGUCCCCAUCCCAGCGGUACCGCUUCCACCUCUAUGGGCUGCGGGGCAGGAAGAAGAUCAACCAUGUCUACACUGAGGUCAUGACAGGAGCUGUAGAAGAGCCAGAGGAACUUCCCCAGCCCACAGAGGAACCGCAGCAUGAGAAACCACAAACUGAGGCCCCCACAUCUGAGACCACUCCAGCAAAGGCAGUGCUGGAAGAGCUGAGGGUCUCGAGCGUCACCCCCAGAUCCGUGGGGCUGGAGUGGACUGUCCCCAAGGGCUCCUUUGACUCCUUCAUGCUGCAGUACCGGGAUGUCCAGGGCCAGCCCCAGGCCCUGCCCAUCGAUGGUGGUUCCCGCUCAGUGACGGUGCCAGGCUUAUCCCCAUCCCAUCGGUACCGCUUCCACCUCUAUGGCCUCCGGGGCAGGAAGAAGAUCGACCAUGUCUCCACUGAGGUCAUGACAGGAGCUGUAGAAGAGCCAGAGGAACUGCCCCAGCCCACAGAGGAACCGCAGCAUGAGAAACCACAAACUGAGGCCCCCACAUCUGAGACCACGCCAGCAAAGGCAGUGCUGGAAGAGCUGAGGGUCUCGAGCGUCACCCCCAGCUCCGUGGGGCUGGAGUGGACUGUCCCCAAGGGCUCCUUUGACUCCUUCAUGCUGCAGUACCGGGAUGCCCAGGGCCAGCCCCAAGCCCUGACUGUUGAUGGCAGGUCUCGCUCGGUGAUGGUGCCGGGCUUGUCCCCAUCCCGUCGGUACCGCUUCCACCUCUAUGGGCUGCGAGGGGGCAAAAGGAUUGACCGUGUCUCUACCGACACUGUCACAGCCGACCCAGAGGAUCUGUCCCCACCCUCAAUGAUCUCCACAAAUGAGGCCUCCACAACUGAGGCCCCCACCCCUGAACACCCACAAACUGAGGCCCCCUCAGCACAGGCAGUGUUGGGAGAGCUGAAGGUCUCCAGUGUCACACCUGACUCUGUGGGGCUGCAGUGGAGUGUCCCUGAGGGCUCCUUUGACUCCUUCUUGCUGCAGUACCGAGAUGCCCAAGGCCAGCCCCAGGCCCUGCCCAUCGAUGGCGGGUCACGCUUGGUGACUGUGCCAGGGCUGUCCCCAUCCCACCGGUACCGCUUCCACCUCUAUGGGAUUCACAGAGAGAAAAGGAUUGACCACGUUUCCAUCGACACCAUCACAGCCACAGACAAGCAAGAGGAAUCACCCUCCCCAUCAGAGGAGCCCCAAACUGAAGCCCCACCAACUGAGGACAACCAACCUGAGCACCCCAAAACUGAGGUCCCCCCAGUGCGGGCAGUGCUGGGAGAGCUGAAGGUCUCCAGUGUCACCUCCAACUCCGUGCAGCUACAGUGGAGCGUCCCUGAAGGCUCCUUUGAUUCCUUCAUGCUGCAGUACCGGGAUGCCCAGGGCCAGCCCCAGUCCCUGCCUAUUGAUGGUGGCUCCCACUCGGUGAUGGUGCCAGGGCUGUCUCCAUCCCACCGGUACCGCUUCCACCUCUAUGGCCUGCGGGGCAGGAAGAGGACCGACCGUGUCUCUACUGACAUUGUCACAGCUGCAGCCAAGCCCAAGGAGCUGCCCCUGCCCUCAGAGGAGCCCGAACCUGAAGCUGUCUCAUCUGAUGCCCUGCCAGCACGGGCAGUGCUGGGGGAGCUGAAGGUCUCCAGUGUCACACCCAGCUCUGUGCAGCUGCAGUGGAGCGUCCCCAAGAGCCCUUUUGACUCCUUCACACUGCAGUACCGGGAUGCCCAAGGCCAGCCCCAGGCCCUGCCCAUCAGUGGCGGGUCCCGUUCAGUGACAGUGCCAGGGCUGUCCCCUUCCCAGCGGUACCGCUUCCACCUCUAUGGGUUGCAAGGUGGGAAAAGAAUUGACCACGUGUCCACCGAUGUCAUCACAGAUGCAGCAGUGCCAGAGCAGCUGCCCCUACCUUCGCAGGAGCCCCAGCCUGAAGACCACAACCCUGAGCAGCCCCAGACUGAGCAGCCCCAAACUCAGGCUAACCAGGGACAGGUGGUGCUGGGGAAGUUGAGGGUCUCCAGUGUCACACCCAACUCUGUGCAGCUGCAGUGGAGCGUCCCCGAGGGCUCCUUCGACUCUUUCACGCUGCAGUACCGGGAUGCCCAGGGUCAGCCCCAGGCCCUGGCUGUUGAUGGCGGGUCCCGAUCGGUGACAGUUCCAGGGCUGUCCCCAUCCCGCCGGUACCGCUUCCACCUCUAUGGGCUGCGAGACAGGAGGAGGACUGACCGCGUCUCCACCGAUGUUGUCACAGCCGACCCAGAGGAUCUGUCCCCACCCUCAAAUGACACUCCCACUGGGGGCCCCCCAGCCGAGGAUCACGAAACUGCACAUCCCCAAGCUGAGGCCCCUCCAUCUGCAGCCCCCUCGGCAGCAGCAGUGUUGGGAGAGCUGAAGGUCUCCAGUGUCACACCCAACUCUGUGGGGCUGCAGUGGGCUGUCCCAGAGGGCCACUUUGACUCCUUCUUGCUGCAGUACCGGGAUGCCCAAGGCCAGCCCCAAGCCCUGCCCAUCGAUGGCGGGUCACGCUUGGUGACAGUGCCAGGGCUGUCCCCAUCCCACCGGUACCGCUUCCACCUCUACGGAUUGCAGGGUGGGAAGAAGACUGACCAUGCCUCCACUGACGUUAUCACAGCUGAUGGGGCAGCUGCAGCUGUGCCAGAGGAGCUGCCCCUGCCCUCAGAGGAGCCCCACGAUGAGCAACGCCAAACUAAGGCCCCCCCAUCUGCAACCACCCCAGCACGGGCAGUGCUGAAGGAGCUGAGAGUCUCCAGUGUCACCCCUGACUCUGUGCAGCUGCAGUGGAGCGUCCCUGAGGGCUCCUUUGACUCCUUCACGCUGCAGUACCGGGAUGCCCAGGGCCAGCCCCAGGCCCUGCCCAUCGAUGGCGGGUCCCGCUCGGUGACAGUGCCAGGGCUGUCCCCUUCCCGCCGGUACCGCUUCCACCUCUAUGGGCUGCGGGGCGGGAAGAGGGUCUACCAUACCUCCACUGAAGCUGUUACAGCUGCGGCCAACUUUGAUGAGCAACCCAUGCCUUUAGAGAAGCUCCAACCUCAGGAUCCCCAACCUAAAGAUCCCCCAGUUGAGUCCCCCUCAACUGACAACCACUUGGCAAAGGCAGUGUUGGGGGAGCUGAGAGCCUCCAGUGUCACCCCCAGCUCUGUGCAGCUGCAGUGGAGUGUCCCCAAGGGCCCCUUUGACUCCUUCAUGCUGCAGUACCGGGAUGCCCAGGGCCAGCCCCAGGCCCUGCCCAUCGAUGGCAGGUCCUGCUCGGUGACAGUGCCGGGGCUGUCCCCUUCCCGCCGGUACCGCUUCCACCUCUACGGGCUGCGGGGAGGGAAAAGGAUUGACCGUGCCUCUGCCGACAUCGUCACAGCCACAGCCAAGACAGAGGAGCUGCCCCUGCCCUCAGAGGAGCCCCAGCUUGAGGACCCCAAAGGAAAAGACCCCCCAGUUGAGGCCACUCCAUCUGCAGCCCCCCUGGCACAGGCAGAGCUGGGGGAGCUGAAGGUCUCCAGUGUUACCCCCAGCUCUGUGCAGCUGCAGUGGAGCGUCCCUGAGGGCUCCUUUGACUCCUUCUUGCUGCAGUACCGGGAUGCCCAGGGCCAGCCCCAGGCCCUGCCCAUCGAUGGCGGGUCCCGCUCGGUGACAGUGCCGGGGCUGUCCCCUUCCCACCGAUACCGCUUCCACCUCUAUGGGCUGCGGGGAGGGAAAAGGAUUGACCAUGUCUCCACUGAGGCCAUCACUGGCACCCCAGGGACCCUCUGGGUGGGCUCUGUGUGGCCCCGCAGUGCAUGGCUGCACUGGAACCCCCUGCACGCCCCCCCUGAUGGCUAUGAGCUGGAGUAUGGCCCCCCCGCCGGACCCCAGCAGACCCUGUGGCUGCCUCCCGAGGCUACGUCGCAGCAGCUGUGGGGGCUAGAGCCGGCAGAACGCUAUGGGGUGCGCUUGUGGGGCCGAGGGGGAGACCCCCAAACAGCCCCCCUCGAGGCCACCUUUGACACUCCCCCCCUCCCGCACCCGCACCCCCGGGACUGCGCCGAGGAGCAGCUGAACGGGCCGGGCCCCUCGCGGGAGACCCUCAUCUUCCUCCGGGGGGACCCGGCCCGGCCCCUCAGGGUCUUCUGUGACAUGGAGACGGACGGCGGCGGCUGGCUGGUGUUCCAGCGCCGUCAGGACGGGAGCACCGACUUUUGGCGGGGGUGGGAGUCCUACGCCCGCGGCUUCGGCAACGUCAGCGGCGAAUUCUGGCUCGGCAACGAGGCGCUGCACGAGCUGACGACCGCGACCCCCACGGAGCUGCGCGUUGACCUGCGGACCGCCCGCGACUCCGCCUUCGCGCUCUAUCGCGACUUCGCUGUCGGCGGCGCCGAGGAGCGAUACCGGCUCCGAGUGGGAGCGUUCAGCGGCACCGCCGGGGACGCCCUCUCCUACCACUCGGGCAGCCCCUUCUCGACACGGGACCGGGACUUCCGAGACCCUCGGGACCGCCGGGACCCCUCGGGGCGGCCCCGGCCCCCGCCCUGCGCCGUGGCCUACGGGGGGGCCUGGUGGUACCGCAACUGCCACUACGCCAACCUGAACGGGCGCUACGGGACCCCCCGAGACCACCAGGGCAUCCACUGGUUCCCCUGGAAAGGCUUCAACGUCUCCAUCCCCUUCACCGAGAUGAAGCUGCGGCCGCAGCGCGGCUGAGGGGGCUGGGGGGGUCCCCUGAGUGCUGGGGCUAGGGGAUCCCAGAGUCUGGGGGACCCCUGGGUGCUGGGGGGUCCCCGAUGGGACCUGGGGAGGCUCAAAGGUGAAACUUUUAUUGGGGGGUAAUAAAAGCUGAUGGUGACUCCCCUGUCCUGUGGUGAAGCAGGAACUGGGGCAGGACAGAGCACGAGUCAGACUGAGGCCAAGGUCAUUCCAGAGUCAAGGUCAUCCCCUUGGUGAGGAGGGCAGCUCCAAAUGGUCCCUGCAGUUCUGGUCCCACUGUCGCUUCAAGUGCUGGACCUGAUCCUCCACUGGCCCUGGAGAUGCUGAGAUGUCCC